GUAUAAUUAUACAAGCAAAACUACACGACCGCACACAAUACUUAAAUUCUGUUGGACAAGAGGAGAAUAUCCGCAUGUCCGUUUUCUAAAUUAAAAAAAUUUAAUAAAAUGUAUUUAAACACACCACACGUAUUUAUAGAAAAAUAAAUAAGCAAUUGGAAGUCAUGACAGUUUUCUGUUUAAAAUAUGAAAAAAAAACUAAAUAUAAUUACAUAAGUGAAAUCAGGGAAUAUUGAUAGUUAGAAUACAACACAAAUUUACCCUACUUAAUACAUAAACACUAUCUUGUAAAGUAUUCAAGAUGGAAUUCAAUUAAGACAUGUAUAUACAUAUAUUUAUUUAUAUAUAUGGUUGAUGAUAUAUGAGAAUACAUCCUUAAUCAAGGAAAAAACCGGAACACUAAUAAAGAAAGAUAAAAAGUUUAAAAAAAAUUAAAUAAUGAACAAUCAAUUGCCAGCAGAAUCUUUGAUAACAACUGCAACAAUCAAUAGAAACACUUAUGACAGUUUAUUAACCAUGUCACAGAAGUAUACAGAAUUACUUAAUUUAGAUAAAAAUAUUUCGAUGAAGAGAGCCUACGAUUAAAAAAACAUCUGGACUGAGAAACGACCUCAAACUACGGUAUUUAAAAAUAUUAACCCAUAGGCAGUAUGAGAUUCGGGAAUGAAACACCAAGCAGCAUAACUAACUGUCACACUAUAAGUACAUGAAAAGCCGACGACAAUAAAAAUACACCUAAUAAAUGUGUUACAUAAAAAUGUGCACAUCAAUGCUUAUGAUGAACAGUGGAACUAUAAAUAUGAAUCAAACGUUCACAAAUAAUUGGGUUGAUGAAAUCAAUCCUAAAGCCAACUUAUCGAAUUUACCAAUUUAUUCAAAAUCUGAUCAAUUACCAACAUCUAAAGCACAUAUUUUUCCGACAUCUUUACAAUUAAAUCAACCGAAAUAUCAAACGUCACAAUCUCCAUUAUUAUUUGAUUUCUCUUCAGAUCUAGGCAAAACUGAGCAUUCAUCGCAUCGUAUACCAAGUUGGCGUAAUUUCCUAAUUUGUAUUUACACUCUAUUAACAAUAUGUGGUGCAACAUUCAAUUUAAUUUUAAUAUUUGCCUUGUUAAAAUUUAGAAAACAAACAUUAUCGCACAAUAUUACAAAUUUGUUUGUAUUAUGCUUAGCUGUAUCCGAUAUAUUUUUGUGUUCGGUGAGUAUGCCGAUACAAUUAUAUUAUGAAAUGACAGAGAAUCACAAACCAAGUACAGAUUUAUGCCGAGUAUUAUUUAGUAGUUUCGGUAUACCAAUGUACAUAUCAUGUUUAACUAUUUUAUUAAUUGCAUUUGAUAGAUAUCGUCUUAUCGUUUAUCCAUUAAAAACACAAUUAACACCGAAAGCAGCAUUUGGUCUAAUUAUUAUUGUCAUAUUAUUUAGUGCAUUGAAUUCAAUACCAGUUGCAUUACAGGUAAAUAGUGAAGGUUUAAAUGAUUAUCAUUAUUGUGUAGAAUCAUGGCCAAGUCCACAAUUACGAUUUGCUUAUUCUGUAUCCAUUUUUGUUAUAUUAGUGCUAUUACCGUUAAGUGCAUCAGGUGGAUUUUAUUUAGCUAUCUAUCGACGAUUAAAACAACGACCUUGUCAAUUAAAUGCUAGUAAAGAAGCAGAAAAACGUAAAAAGCGUACAACUAGUUUAUUAGUAAUAACAGUUGUUUGUUUUGCAGUCUGUUGGACGCCAUGGUGUUCAUAUUCAUUAUUAUUAGAAGUACAAGCUUUAUUAAAUGUUGAAAAUCAUUUACCAUCAGCAAGUACAUAUGAUUUAAUAAAAUUUAAUCAAUUAUUCAAUUCAAGUCAACAAACAAUUCAUAAAGAUGAUGAAACAUGGAAAUACUCUAUUGGUUUGAAAACAUGUGAAGAUCUUCUAUGGUAUACAAUGAACCAAUCAUUACCUAUUAUGAAUGAAAAUUUUACAAUGAAUUCAUCGAUUGACUUAAUGAAACCAAAUAUGAAUAUUAUACCGGGGAGACACAUAAAAAUUAUUGAUCUUUUAUUAAAAUUAUUUGCGAUGGGUUCCGCCUGUGUCAAUCCAUUGUUGUAUGGAUGGUUAAAUGAACCGAUACGUGUAGUAAUGCGUAGACAAUACAGUAGAUUUGAAGGAUGCUUUAAAUGCUUUAAAAUUAGCCGAUGUCGUGGAAACAAUAACAAACAUAUGAAAAACUAUGUAGAGGAACAAAAUUUACAAAAAAGACCAUUAAUUAAUAUAUCUUGCUUUGAUAAACAUAAAUCAACAUUAUUAUCAUCAUCAUCAUCCAAAUUUUUGACACCACACUUCAUUAAAUCCAAUUCAGAUUAUGAUACGAAACCGAAAUUGAUAAUUGACAGACCAAAAAUUGGUAGUAAGCAACUAAAUGAUUCUCGAUCAAUGUGUUAUACUGAAGGAGAUACUAAUCUUAAUAACAAAGACAGUUUAAAUCAAAUAAUCUUAAUAAAAAAUAAUAAACUUGAUUCUGAUACUGGCAUUUUAACUAACAAUAAUAAUAAUACUGUCGACAUCAAUUGAGGCUCAUCUGAUUUACUGCCAUUCAAAAAAGCCUUAAAUUUAGAAGGAAAUAAAGAUGCUAAAUAUCAUGAGUUAAUAAAUUAUAACUAAAUGUAUUCAAUUCUUAGAGUAAACCACUAAAUUAUUUAAAUUUAAUUCCUUAAUUUUUUUUCACAAAUAAAACAGAACAUUCCACACUCCAUAUACAAAGAAACAAAGAAUCUGUUAACUUUUAUGUAUCCAAGGAUGAAGAAUGAAUAGAUGAUAAGAUUGACAACUAGCGGAUAUAUGGAUGAAAUAUGAAACAGGGAAGUUAACUGAGAAUCAUAUAUAUUUUUCGUUGUAUAAAUAUAAAUUUCUUACAGGAUACUAGUGUUGUUAGUGAUAGCCAUAUAUUUAGCUCAAACGUUUUCUCAGAUAGAUUGAAGUUGACUUAUAUCAUGCAUUCAUAUAAACUGAGGAAUCAUCGAACUUCUCUGAAAUGUCCACACGCGACAUAGUCAGGAAUCGAUAAUAGGACCUUAAUGACUUCAAAAGAUGGAAAUUUCGCUAAGUAGAAAUAUGAACUACUGGAUUUUAACUAAGUUAUUUAGUGCUUAAACGCUUACGUUUGUCCUGAAAAUUAUAGAACCGAUCUAUCGCGAAGUAAUGGAUGUCUAGUUGAAAGCAGUUGUCCCUUAACAAACUUUACAGUUGACCCAUCUCUUGUCUUUGUUAUUCGCGAAUAGAUGGUGCAGCUCUAUGCAAAACUAUUUUCAUCAUCUGCUUACCGAAAUAUCCGGGAGAUAUUCAUAAGACUACCUCUUUUGGAUGGUAAAGAAACAAACCACCUACUUUAAUAACAAAUAUAUUAAGAAUAAAAACAAGAAAGCUUUAUGUACAGGCAAUAAAAAAAGAUUUAAUUGUCGCAACAUAGACCAUUUCUAACUCAAAAAAAUAAACAUGGAACAGUUUGUUUAUCAUCUCAAAAGUAUAAAUUAUUAUUAAAUUAGAUCAGUGCGUUGUUAAAAGGCUUUUUGGCAAACGAUUUAUGAUUCUCAGUUAAAAUCAAAUCCAGUAUAUUUUGUCAUUGUAGUAAAAAUGUUGUUGUUACAGCUAUUUAAUCGAAACACUACGCAGUAUUCUUAAGGUCCCAAUCAACAGAUAUUCUAGUGAAAAUAAUGUCAAGUAACAUGAUUACGCAUUAUCUUUCAUAACUGACUUAAUCUUUCAGUAUCAUACAUUACAUUAAGCCAUUAAUGGUUACUAGUAAAUAAUUGAGUGUUUUUUUUAAAAAUUACUUUGAUAUUAUCUACAAAAACUGUUGGAUUAACACGUCAAUGUAAAACGACAAGUGAAUAAGGCCAAAAAUGAUAUAUAAGCAUAAAUAACACAUAUUUUCGAUGUGAUUUACAAUGAACAAUUAGAUAAGAGGAAAAACUAAUUAUUUAAGUUCGAAAGAAAGCUUCUAAGACAAUACGAAAUCAGUUACAGAAGUAUAAGAAGUCGAAUAGCGAUGGGAGUAGUUGUUUUUUUCCAGUUUGAGAAUACUCAAUAAUGUAUAUCCACAACCACUGAAAGAGAUAGGAAAAUAGGUGGCCUACUUGAACAUCUGGGCCACCUGUUCUUGUCAUUUAGAUAUUUCAACAAGUUAUCUAA